AGCAAAAGAUAAACAAUUGUUUCGCUAGCUAAAACGUUUAUUAAUUCUCAUAAAUUAAAGCAUCAAAUAGGCGAAAAUAAAAAUAAUGCAAGGACUAAAAAGGCCACGCACAAAACAUACUCGAUCGUUCGUAUAUGAAGAAAAGGUCCUGUUAAUCCAGCAGGUUCAUUCUCGGCCCAUUUUGUGGGACAUAAGAGACAAAAGACAUUUCGAUGGAUUCUAUUUAAAAAGGGCUUGGGAGAGCGUAGCUGCGGCCCUAAAUAAAGACUUCAUUAGUUGCAAAACAGCCUGGAAGUCGUUGCGGGACAGCCACAGAUAUUACUGCAGAACAACGAAAAAGAACGGAGUCGACAGCGAGUGGCGGUUUGCCUCCCACUUGGCUUUCUUGCCCAAGGAUGUGAGAGAGAGGGCGAGACCAAGAACCACAUUCAAUCCCGUUGCGAGGGAAGACAGCGAAUCCACGCAGGAUGAACCUUAUGAGUACGAAGAGGCGGGCUCCCGAUUGGAAACAGAUAUAAGUUGCUUAACUGAGGAUGCCAAGGACCUGGACAAGUAUCUCUCUAAUUGGACCGAAGAUAUGUACUCAUCCAUUGGAAAAAGCAAAGAAAAAAGAGAAGAAUUGUCACCGUUAAAAGAGGUGGAACAUCAGCAAAAGACUGCUUUUUCCAGACCAAUUUUCGCUUACUGGGAGUCCUUACUUAACAAAAUGUCCCCUGAGGAUUCGGAUGCAGCCGAACAAAGGAUGACACAGACGCUGUGGGCCGAAAUUGCGGCAACAAAGCAUAAUAAUGGCCUUUAAUUAUAUAAUAACUUUUUAAUAAAA